GCUUCACCAUUCUCUAUUUGAAUUCCUUCUGGAUCGGGCGUGCAGGGGUGUCCUCCUCACCUAACAUUAUCACAAGAUGGCCAACGUGCUCUCUGAAAGGAUCAACAACAUCCUCAUUGAAGAUAAAGAGAAUAACCAGGUUAUAAAGACGAAGAAGAAGAACAACGAGAAUGAAUCUUCACCAAAGAAGGACUUUUCCCCCAAGAAGAAGGUUGUCGAUCUCAAUAAGUCUGAGCCGCUGCUGAAGGAGAACCCCCGGCGCUUUGUUAUCUUCCCCAUCCAGUACCAUGAUAUCUUCAACAUGUACAAGAAGGCUCUGGCAUCUUUCUGGAUCACGGAGGAGGUGGACCUGACUAAGGACUUCAGUGACUGGGAGAAAUUGAAGGAUGAAGAAAGGCACUUCAUUUCCCACGUCCUGGCAUUCUUUGCUGCCUCUGAUGGGAUUGUGAAUGAAAACUUGGUGGAGCGGUUCUGCCAGGAAGUGCAGGUACCAGAGGCAAGGUGUUUCUAUGGUUUCCAGAUUGCCAUGGAAAACAUCCACAGUGAAAUGUACAGUUUACUUAUUAAGACUUAUAUUAGAGAUCCCGAUGAGCAGAACAUGCUGUUCAAUGCCAUUGAGACCAUGCCCUGUGUAAAGAAGAAGGCUGACUGGGCACUGAAAUGGAUUUCCCAUGAAACUGCUUCAUAUGCGGAGAGAAUCAUUGCUUUUGCAUCAGUUGAGGGUAUUUUCUUCAGUGGCUCCUUUGCAGCCAUUUUCUGGCUCAAGAAGCGAGGCUUGAUGCCUGGGCUCACCUUUAGCAAUGAACUCAUAUCGAGGGAUGAGGGUUUGCACACAGACUUUGCAUGCUUGAUGUUCAAGCAUCUGGUGAAUAAGCCAGGUCAAGAGAGAAUAUACAAGAUUGUCACUGAUGCUGUGCAAAUUGAGCAGGAGUUCUUAACUGAUGCUCUUCCUGUCAACCUGAUUGGGAUGAAUUGUGUGCUGAUGAGGCAGUACAUUGAAUUUGUUGCUGACAGGUUGCUUGUGGAGUUGGGAUGUGACAAGUUGUACAAGGUAGAAAAUCCAUUUGAUUUCAUGGAAAACAUUUCAUUGGAAGGCAAGACAAACUUCUUUGAGAAGAAGGUAGGAGAGUACCAGAAGUGUGGUGCCAUGGCCACAGAGGAGCAGCGCCAGUUCACACUGGAUGCUGAUUUUUAACAAAGGUUAUCUGGUAAAUCCAUAUGUAGCAGCUUUUAUUUCCCUUUAAGGGGUGUGGCAGAAUCCAGAUGGAAUCCUCAGUGUCCCCUCACUGUACUUUAAGUUGCCUUUUACAUCAAGCAGGUGGUACAGUGGCAGUAUUAUUCCAAUCUAUCAUUUAUUUGUGAUUUUCUCGUUAUUUGAUGAAACUUGUGCAAGUUAUGCCAAAAAAAUACCCAUAGCAGAAUUUUUAAAGUUAUAUUUGAGUUUAAUGGAGGAAGGUAAAUAUAUGCUUUUGAUAUUUAUUUCUAGCUGAACAUUGUAUUACAGCAAAUCAUUUAUAUUUCACCUUUACAUUAUCUCAUUAAAAUCAUUUAAGUUAGGAAAUAUCUAAUUAAAAUCACUUAAGUUAGGAAAGGAAGACAUUUUUUAGUGUGAUGGAGUGUGAGAGUGAUGUGACAGUUGUAUAUUUAAGCAGUAAUGUAACUUGGCUAACAAGACAAAUCUCAGAAUGUUCCGUGUUCUUGGGGAUUUCUACAUGCAAUGUAGUUAGCCACAUAUUACUGGAACAUUGUGUUCUAUGUUAAUUUUAGGAACAAUUUGUGGAUAUUAUUUUUUAAAGUGAAUUGAGUUUUUAUUACAAUAAACCAGUAAAAAUAAA